UUUGGAGUUUGAUAUGAUGAUUAGAGCAUAACAGAGUGACACGUUGAAUUCGCCAUAAUCAAGGAAACCUUUUCCGGGCGGGGAUCUCUGAAAUCACUCAGUGAGCAACCCUAAUUAACCUGAUUUUUUGCUGAUAAUCACUCUCAAUGGAAUCAAAUCACAAAUCCGGGGAUGGAUUGAGCGGCACCCAGAAGGAAGCAGCCCUUCGCGCACUGGUCCAGCGCACAGGAUAUAGCCUGGUCCAGGAAAAUGGACAAAGAAAAUACGGGGGCCCUCCACCUGGCUGGGAUGCUGCGCCCCCAGAAAGGGGCUGUGAGAUCUUUAUUGGGAAACUCCCAAGAGACCUUUUCGAGGAUGAACUCAUACCGUUAUGUGAAAAAAUUGGUAAAAUUUAUGAAAUGAGAAUGAUGAUGGAUUUUAAUGGCAACAACAGAGGAUACGCCUUCGUAACAUUCUCAAAUAAACAGGAGGCCAAGAAUGCAAUCAAGCAACUUAAUAAUUAUGAAAUCAGAAAUGGGCGUCUCUUAGGGGUCUGCGCCAGCGUGGACAACUGCCGAUUGUUUGUUGGGGGAAUUCCCAAAACCAAAAAGAGAGAAGAAAUCUUAGCAGAAAUGAAGAAGGUAACCGAGGGCGUUGUGGACGUCAUUGUCUACCCGAGUGCUGCCGACAAAACCAAAAACAGAGGCUUCGCCUUCGUGGAAUACCAGAGCCACCGGGCUGCUGCCAUGGCCCGCAGGAAACUCCUCCCAGGAAGAAUUCAGUUAUGGGGACACCCCAUUGCAGUAGACUGGGCAGAACCAGAAGUAGAAGUUGAUGAAGACACAAUGUCUUCAGUGAAAAUCCUGUAUGUAAGAAACCUAAUGCUGUCUACCUCCGAAGAGAUGAUUGAAAAAGAAUUCAAUAAUAUUAAACCAGGUGCUGUGGAGCGGGUGAAGAAAAUCCGAGACUAUGCUUUCGUGCACUUUAGUAACCGAGAAGAUGCAAUGGAGGCCAUGAAAGCUUUAAAUGGGAAGGUGCUGGAUGGCUCCCCCAUUGAAGUGACCCUAGCCAAACCAGUGGACAAGGACAGCUAUGUCAGGUAUACCCGAGGCACAGGUGGAAGGGGCACCAUGCUGCAAGGAGAGUAUACCUAUUCUUUGGGCCAUGUUUAUGAUCCUACCACAGCCUACCUCGGAGCUCCUGUCUUCUACGCCCCGCAGGCCUAUACGAUUCCUAGCCUUCAUUUCCCAGCCACCAAAGGACAUUUUGGCAACAGGGCCAUUAUCCGAGCCCCCUCUGUUAGAGAAAUUUACAUGAAUGUACCUGUAGGGGCUGCGGGAGUGAGAGGCCUGGGCGGCCGUGGCUAUUUGGCAUACACAGGCCUGGGUCGUGGAUAUCAGGUCAAAGGAGACAAGAAAGAAGAGAAACUCUAUGAUCUUUUGCCUGGGAUGGAACUCACCCCGAUGAACCCUGUUACCUUAAAACCCCAUGGAAUUAAAAUUGCUCCCCAGAUAUUAGAAGAAAUUUGUCAGAAAAAUAACUGGGGACAGCCAGUAUAUCAGCUGCACUCUACCAUUGGACAAGAUCAAAGACAACUAUUCUUGUACAAAAUAACCAUUCCUGCUCUGGCCAGCCAAAAUCCUGCCAUCCACGCUUUCACACCUCCGAAGCUAAGUGCCUACGUGGAUGAAGCAAAGACAUACGCAGCGGAGUACACCCUGCAGACCCUGGGCAUUCCCAUCGAAGGGGCCAGCGCUCCCACUGCGGCAGCUGCUGCCGCUUCUGCUGCUGCUUUUCCAGGAUAUGCUGUCCCCAGUGCCACUGCACCCGUGUCCGCAGCCCAGCUCAAGCAAGCAGUGACCCUCGGACAAGACUUGGCCGCAUAUACAACGUAUGAGGUCUACCCCACUUUCGCAGUGACCGCCCGGGGGGAUGCAUACGGAGCCUUCUGAAGAUAUCUUUUUUAUUUUAUUUUAAUAAUAAGACACAAAACUCUAUAGAGAAGAAAUAAACCUCUCAGUCCCCUAAUGAUCACAUGUAAUGCUUUUCCUCACGUGAGGCCGUUCCUGAGAUGAUGGUUGCUACUAGCUGUAGAAUCGCCAUAGGAGAACAUUAUUCCCAAUUCAACCAAAUGUUAAGGAGCCACUGCGCCCAGGUGGCUCUUGCAAGGUUGCGGAUUGUCUUGGGGGUUCAUUUACAAACGCUGAUGGAGUGGAGAGAGAGCUUUUAACUGACCUUCAGUCAGUAAUCACAGAGAGACAAGCCAACUUCCAGAAUAUUAACCCUGGCUGGCAGCUGCUUUUGUGAUCCUUCAAGUCACAAGAGGCAGAGGGAAGGUGGGAGGAAGCUUUUCAAAACAUGCUCGCCACUGCCCGCUAAGUGGAGCGUGUUCACAGGCUGGGGCUUGUGAAAGAAAAUGUCCACGGUUUGAUGAGUCAGCAUUUGCAGUCUGAAAAUUCCGCCCAGUCACUCUGUCGUAGGUCAGCAUCUCCCUGUCCCCUGCCAUCCCCAGGACUUCCUGGAAAUCGAAGUGAUAUAUUGCAGACCUGGUUAAAGCAAUCCAGGCCUAUUGAGUAUUAAACUCAUUAGCCCCUAGAACUCCUGCUUUUCCCAAGCAUCCUCACAAGACAAUAAUCCUUCCAACCUGAAAUGACUUUUUCUCAUUUUAAACAUUUGAUGUGCCCGUAUUGAUUUAUUUUCAUUUCCGUCUUAUUUUGCUCUUCUCCAAUAGCUUAAAAAAAGGAAAUCCCAUUGAUAGUCAGUCACCUAUGAUACUUUUAGCUAUUUGGCAAAUUGGCUGAAAAGUCAUUUAAACAAAAUGAGGAAUAAAGAUUUACUUUUUCUUAUUUCUUUGACCUUUUUGCAAUACACAGGCCACCAACCAGCCUUCAGAGACAGUUAAAGUAGCUUGGUUCAGCCUUGGACCAUCUCACCGGCACUUAUAUUAAAUAUGCCAGGAAAUCCUCUACCUUCUCUUCCUUUUGCUUCCAAUAAGCACCGACAGCUUCGGCAGAGUUGAGUGCUGUGGGCUUGGAGCCGUCACAGGAAACCUUACAUGGUCACUGCUGAUCAGAGGCUGGUUCUCCAGACACUCAGCCAGGGUGUGAUUUACCAAAAGCCCCUGGAGUCCAGGGCCUCUUCUCCAGGAACAUCUGAUGGGGGAGGAGGAAGCUACAAAAGUCAGAAUGGAGGGGAGUAGAAGGCACUACUUGUUUGCCAUCCUUAUACAAUAUUGCUUUUUGUUCCGAUUAGAAAUAAUCUAUUUCCAGCCACCCAAUACCCAUGACUACUUCUCAGGUCUCAUCAGUGGUUUAAGACAUAACAGUACUACAAUUUCCAUCUUUAAAAAUCUCUUGGCCCUUGUAAAAUUCUACAGGACUCAAGAGAAAACAUAGGUACAAAGGAAUAAAAAAAAUAAAAGCCAACUAUUGACUGGAAUUCUGAUUCAAAAUCAGGCCAGGUUCCAAUCAAAAUCAGAUAAAUUCCAAAAACAAAAGUCCUUGUCACCUUUCAGUUCUAUGAACUCCAACCUGAUGUCAAAAGCAUCGAUGUUACAGAUGGAAUGUUGAAAGGGCUUUGUUUUUAGCUUUGAAUUUUGCUUCUCAGACCCCCUACAAAGUGGUUCCUAAACUUGCUUACACAUUGAGAACACCUGGAGGAACUUUCAAAGCCAAGAUCACACCUCAUACCAAUUACAUCGGAAUGUCAUGGGGUCGGUAAUUUUGACAUCAGUAUUUUUUUAAAGAUAAGGUGAUUCCAAUUAUGCAACUAAGUUUGGGAACUGCUUAUUUUUCCCCCUAUUUCACUUUUGUUAAAUAGAAAAAUAUAAGAAAAAUUUGUCUAAAUUAAAACCAAAUAGCCACAUCAUAUUUUUACAUAUAUUCAUCUUAUGAAAAUAUGAAUUUGAAUAUAAUGCAUGAAUUUGAAUAUGAUGCAUAUUUGCUACAAACUAAUUCUUGGGUCAAACUAAUUCUAAAAAGGAGAAAGUGAAAAAGUUUUCCUUAAGCAAUGUGUAGGUCCAAAUUACACUCCCCCACAGAUCAGCUGUUAUACUCAAUGACAGUAAUUACAUAGGGGGGUCAGGCAAAUUCCUACUCAAUUCAAAAAAAACAUUCCAAAUUCCAAGAGCAAGAGUUGUAAUUCUCUUUAAAAUCUUAAAAAAUGAAUGGAAAGGGCACUCUGUAUGUCUAACCCAUGCAAAUUGGAAGGUUUCAUCCAGAGGAAUUUUAAUUUAAUCAAAAUGAACAAUUUGUAAAUAUAGGAAUCUCUUUAUGAGAAAAAUCAUUAUUCCAGAUUAAAUUAUGUUAAGAGUAAAGACUUAAACAUACAAUAAUAGAAAAAUAUCAUGAAGGUUACUAUUUGAAGCCCAUCUCAUUACUUUCUUGAGGAAAAGCAUAUGUAUUCAUGAUGUUUACAUCCUGAGGACUGAUUUUAUUCAAGUAAGUAGAUGUGGUUUUAUUUUUUGCUGAAAUGUUACUUCAUUCUAGCAAAAUCUAGAGGAUGCUUCAAAUUCUAUUAGAACAUAUUCAUAGAAAGUGUCAAUGUGUCUAUCAUAUCAAAUGUUUGCAUUUACUUUGCCCACAUUAAUUUAUGUAGACCAAGUCUUGCUACAGUUUCUGAAUAUUUAAAAAUGGGAUUUUGAAAACCAGGUGUAGAACCAAAGGUUUCCUUUGCAUGAUGUUUACAUUUUUGGCCUUUAGAUAUUCCUUAAUACCUAUUAUACCUUCUGUAUCAAUAUUCAUUUUUCGGUUUUAUUACUUCUUAGGAAUAAAUUUUCAAAGAAAAAUUUUUAAAUGAAUCAACCAACCAAGCAAUAAUAACAAAAUACCCAAGAAUAUAAUUAAGAAACAUCCAGUACUUUAGAAUUGGCUUUCUAAAUAUUGGUAAUCAAUAACUUACUGAGAAUUAAAAUCAGGCAGUGUUACUUAGGAGGAAAUGGAACAGCAGUGAGAGUAGAUGUCUGUUUUCUUACCUGUAAAAAUGCCUCUUCUCAAAUUGCUGUACUUCUCCACCAAUCCAUUAGUAUAACCAUUAGACCACCUUUAACUGCAACAAAAUGUAAUUCUCUAGGUGACUAGUUUUCCCCCUCCCAACCCUGCCCAAACCUGGUGCCAUGCCAAACCACUCUAUAUUUGGGUAACAGCACCCAAAAUUGCUGCUAGAAAGCUACCUCAUUUAAAGAAAGAAAACUGCUAACAGGAGCUAAGAGGCCUAAGAAUGUCAUUCCCACUCAGGGUUGAGCAACGUCUGUCUUUCUGGUGUGACAAUAUGUGUGGGUGUGCCAGGACAGUGCUGGCUUACACCUGUUGCCUCAUGUUCUAAAUACUUACAAUAUCUCCUCUCACCCUCAAAUGUAUCCAGUUUAGAUGAGAAAUUAUACAAGGACCCCUUCAUUAUGACCUUUUUAAAAAAAUGUUGUAGAAUUGGUUUUAUUCUCCCCAAAGCAGAUACAGUUUCAACUAAAGAUCUCAGCUACUUUCUGCCCAGGGUAGGAGCACAGUGAACAGAGAGAGAUGUGUCAUCUUCUCCCCAGCAUGGUUCCCCUCAAUCCACUCCCCAUCUUGCUUCCCUUUGCUGGUCCAUCUUUUCCUCCCAAUGCCCCUGGGCUACGAGCCCUGAGUUCUGCCAUCAGUGACAGAAGUAGCAGCCACAAGGCUAGAUUAGGCAGGGAACAGGAUGUGAAACAGCUCUUAGGGACAUGUGCUUGGCCUGUCACAACCAUAGGGCAUUAGGAGGUUCAGAAACCAUUUGCUGGUUCCUUUCUUCCUUGAACCAAACUAUUUAUACCCCAAGCCAGAAAGGACUUUCUUCACCUUAAAAAGAAAUUUAAAAGACUGUGCAAAAAUUUUAAACAGGAAAUAAAUUUAAAGAUCCAGAGGAGCUUUAAAACAUGGGGUUGUCUUAGUCACAUACUUAUUUAUGAUGUUAAUGAGCAGAUCCCUAUACUUUUUAUCUACUUGAAAGCAUUUUCGUCAUUAACUAUCUCUGUUUCCUAAAUAUACUUGUAUUUACAAAAUUCAAAAUCUAUUUCACAAGCCUUACCUAUACCUAUAUUUUUGGCAAUAAGUAAUUUGCAACAAAACAUACAUAUUUUUUCAAAUGUAAAUUUCAUUUAGAUUGUUAACAUUUACUAUUAUAAUUCCUAAGAGAUCUUUGGGUUCACAGGCUACCAAUAAGUCUAUUUAAAUCAGCCCAUCAUGAUCACUGACUUAAAUAUUUAUUAUAAUUAUUGGUAUUUUUAUUCCUAUUCCUUUAUGAGUUUUUUUCUGACUUUUCUGGCUGCAAUAUAACCAAAUAGGUUAUCUUCUAUAUUUUAAUGAAAAGCAAACUGUCAGCAAAAUGUAUUUCUAAUUUCUAGACGUUAAUUUCUUGCUUGUUUUCCUUUUUGUUGUUAUAGAGUUUAUUUAUGUGAAGUUAGCUGAGGUACCAAAAAAAAGAUACAAAAACAGUAUUAAAGAGUGUGCCUAAAGCACCUAUUUUUAUACUUUGAGUACAAUGUUUUAUAGAACUCUGUGGUCUAUCUAAAUAUACUAAGUAAAAUUACAACAUUCAUUUAUUGGGAAACUAAUCAUUAGCUUGGAAGCAAUAAACAUAAUGGGAACCAUGGAAUCAUAAAUCACAUUAAAUGGGCAAUAAUGCAAUAUUGUAAUGACUAGUGUAAUUUAAGGAUAGCAAAAUGAUUAUAACUGAAUUGUCAAGUACUAUUAUAAAGUUUUAAAAACCAA